AUGGCUGCGAGGGGAAAGCCGCUCGGCCUGCGCGCCGACAUGGUGAUUGAAGAGGCUGCCAACGAGACGAGUCGAAACAACAGCCGGCGCAACAGCAUUGCUAGCAGCAGUAGUUCCGACAGUUCCGACAGAUCCGACAAUAGCAACGCCGGCGGCAAUGGCAAUCGCGAGCCGGUCUACGAGCCGCUGGCUGCAGCGUCUGGUGCCCGGGCACGUACCGGCACAGGACCCAGUGGCCGUGCUGGCGGCGAUGCUAGCUCCGCCGACACCGAAGAUGCUGCCCCGAACACGGUAAAACGCAUGCCCACAGCAGCCACGGCAGCCUCGGCAGCUACGGCUGCUACGGCCGCGACCGCGCCGGACGAGCUGGCGCCCAAUACCGAAGAAGAGGAGGCGGCCAUGGCGCCGCCGAAAAAGUCCAUUUUGGAACGACUGGGCCUCGAUACGACGACGCUGGUGCUGAUGUUCAAAGGCUCUCUGCCCCCGGUCAUCGGCAUCGCCAUGUUCCAGUCCACCGCCUUCGCCGACACCUACAGCACCCUUGGGUAUCUUGUGCCCAUUGUCAGCGUCAUGACCGUCGCCGUCAUGCCGCGUGGCAAGUUCCUCCAGACCCUGACGCUGAACCUCCUGUCCGUCAGCCUCGGCGCCGCCCUGGCCCUGCUCGUCCUCUACUCGGGCAUCCAGGCCCGCGCCCACACCUCGGGUCCCUUGACGCCCGAAGAACUCGCCGCCUACCAGGCCACCGGCCGGCCGCCCUACAACUCGAGCCAGUCGGCCGUCUGCGCCAUCUGGCUCGUCUUUGCCAUCUGGCUCAUCAACAUGAUCCGCGCCAAGCUGCCCUCCAUGAACCUGCCGUCCAUUGUCUUUUCGAUUCUCAUCAACGUCUGCUGCACCACGGGCCCGUUGCUCAUCAACAUGACGCAGGCCAUGGCCCUCGUGAAACAGAUUUACACGGCCAUGCUGACGGCCAUGGCGCUGUCGGCCGGCGUGUCCCUCUUCGUCUUCCCCAUCUCGAGCCGCAAGAUCUUGAUGGCCCAGACCGCCGGUGCGAUUGGGCUGCUGCGCAAGGCCGUGGUCCUGCAGGGCGCCUACCUGCGCGGCCUCGAGCGCGAGGACAUGUAUGCGCUCGUCACCGUCGAGACCGCCGUGGGCGAACUGGGCCCGGCCAAGGAGAACGAGCAGAAGCAAGAGAAGCUGCGCCGCAAGUGGCUGCACCACGCGACCAAGCCCGCCCACGUGCCGCCGCCCCUGACAAAGGAGGAACAGGCCGCCCAGGCGCUGCGCGCCACCAUCACGGCCAUGCGCGAGCUCGCGGGCAAGAUGCAGCUGGAGGUGCGCUUCGCCAAGCGGGACGCCGCCUUUGGCAAGCUGACGGCACACGACCUGGGCGAGAUUGUCAAGUUGAUGCGCAGCAUCUCCAUCCCCGUCACCGGCAUGAGCACGAUUAUGGACAUCUUUCGGCGCACGGCCGAGCACCGCGGGUGGAACGCGGCAGACGAAGACAUGAACUCGGACGACGCGCUGGCCAAGGCGAAGGAGCGGCGCGUCUGGAACGAGGUCAUGAAGCAGUUGCACGAGCCCUUUGCCCUGCUGGCGGAGGCCAUUGACGAGGGACUAGAGCAUGCGGGACUCCAACUGGGUCUGCUGCCCAAGACCAAGGAGCAAAAGGCCGUGGACAGGGAGGCGUGCAAGCGGCGGAAGGCCGAGAAAGCACGCAAGGCAGCAGACAAGGCCAAUGGGGUCAAGGGUGGCGAUGCGGCUGUGUCGCCCUCUGGUUCCAACGAAUCGAGCGUCAAAGGCAGCGACAGCCCCAAGGACGACGCGGCUCCCGAGGCUCCUAUUUCUGCGCCUGCACCUGUCCCUGAACCUGCGCCUGUGCCUGGGCCAGGUCCGACUCCUCCUCCUGCUGCCGACGCUGACGCCGACGUCGAAGCCGCCACUGCGGGCGUGGUCAAGCCCGGCGACGAGGGGUUUGCCGACAUUAUCAGCCACAAGAUCAAAAACUUUUACAAAAUGCGCAGCGAGAUCUUGCGCAUCUGGGCCAAGGAGCGCGGCCUCAUGGACGGCACCGUGCCGCCGCUCGCCAAGGACGGGUCCGGCGGCAUCGACCCCGUGUUUGUUGCGCAGGAGCAGCGCCAGUCGCAGCUGUACGUCCUCCUGUACAUGGAGCAGCUGAUGAUUGCGACGGGCGAGGCUGUGCAGGACUUUGUGGACUAUGCCGACAAAAAGGUGGCCGACGGCACCAUGGACAAGACGCGGUUCCUGUUCCCGACACUGCGGCGCAUCCGCAAGUGGGCGAUCAGCGUGUUCAACGACAAGGACACGGCGAGCGAGGAGACGUCGGAGGACGUGCUCAAGCCGAACUUCAACGUCGUCUUUAUGGGCGACGGCUUCAACACGAAAAAGGACCCGGAGCACCUGCCGCCGGCCAACGCGUGGCAGCACUUUGGCAACGGCCUGCGGCUGGUGUCGCGGUUCCUGGGGUCGGCGGAGUCGGCGUUUGGGCUGCGGGUGGCAUGCGCGACGAUGACCGUGGCGAUUGUGUGCUACCUGCGGGUGUCGCAGCACUUCUUCCAGGAGCAGCGGCUGGUGUGGGCCAUGAUCAUCAUUGCGAUUGGCAUGUCGCAGACGUCGGGCCAGUCCAUCUUUGGCUUUUUCUGUCGCGUGGGCGGCAGCGCGCUGGCGAUGGUGUUUUCGUUUGUCAUCUGGUACAUUGUCGACCAGCGCACGCCGGGCAUCAUUGUGUUUCUGUGGCUGUUUAUUUUCUGCGAGUACUACUUCUUCCUAAAGUACCCGCGCUUCAUCGCGGCCAGCAUGAUCACCAUCAUCACGCAGGUGCUGAUCAUCGGGUACGAGCUGCAGGUGCGCAAGAUUGGGCUGGCCAAGGCGGAGUCGACGGGCCAGCGGUUCUACCCGGUGUACGAGCUGGCGCCGUACCGGCUGGGCACGGUGGCGGGCGGCAGCCUUGUGGCCUUCUUCUGGACCAUCUUCCCGAAGCCGACGACGGACCGGGCGUGGCUGCGGCGGGACCUGAGCGCGACGCUCUACCUGCUGGCCAACUACUUUAGCGUCAUCAACGAGACGCUCAAGUCGACGAUGCACGAGACGGGCGGCAACCCGGACGUGCCCGGCACGCCGGCGCACCGGCUGCUCAAGGUCCGCCAGAAGCUGUUCAGCAAGCUCAUGCUGCUGCUGCCGUCGCUGCAGCAGCACUCGUCGUGGCAGAAGUGGGAGCCGUCGAUUGGCGGCGCCUUCCCGCGGGCCGCCUACGAAGACAUCAUCCUGCGGUCCGGCCGCAUCCUCAACUACCUGACGCUCAUCUCGUACACGGUCACCUGGCGGCCGCGCCACGUGCCUGGGCUGGUCGACGACGCAUGGCUCACGGCGCUGUCGGAGCUGAUCCGGAGCAUCGGCCCGACGCACUACACGAUCCUGUCGACGCUGGCGCUGCUGUCCAACGCGCUGCUGUCGGGCCAGUCGCUGCCGCCGUACAUUCCGCUGCCACGGCCGUACGAGCUGACGCGGCGCCUGCUGACGCUGAAAAAAUCGACGCCGGCGAGCGGCGGAAGCGACGGGCCCCAGAGGCGUGCCAGCUCGGCGAGCCGCGCAACGGCGACGGGGACCUCGGCGAGCGGGGGCGCGCCCGGCAGCGGCAAGCAGCCGCCUGUGCGGCGACGGAACAGCGUCUGGGGCAAACAGAGCUGGCGGCCCGAGGCAGGAAGCUCGGCGGUCGUCGACAGUGGCGGCGGCGGCAUGUACGAGCGGCAGACGGAGGACGAGGCGGUCGAGACCGAACUGCCCCGCCGGCACCGGCGCAGCACGGCGGCCAGCAGCCGCGACCGGCCGGCGCUGUGGCGCGAGGUGACGGACAAUGCCGUCAGCACGGUGACGGGGAUGCCGGAGCUGACGCGGAUGACGACGGGCGCGGCGGCGCACCUGGGCCGUGUGCUGGACGCGCGCAACAUGGACGAGCACGGCUACACGGAGUUUGCGGUGCUGCAGGUGUGCAGCACGCUGGUGUGCGACGACCUGGAGGGCAUGAUCCAGGCGGUGAGCGGGCUGGUGGGGGUGGUGGACUUUAGCUUCCGGAUGGACGCGAGCCACGAGAGCCUGGACGAGGCGGCGGCGGACGAGGAGGCGGCCGGCGAGAAGGGCAAGGGGAAGACGGAGUAG